AUCAAAUUUCUUUCCCCAACAAAGUCAGACUUUUUGUGACGUGGUGGAAACUUGCCAAUUUCUGGUGUCUUGCUGUAGGAUGAAAGAGCUUUCAGACAAGAGUUCCAAGUCUGUAAUUCAAUCUCCUUGGGAAGAGCUCCAGGGAAUUGUUCCUGGGAUCAGGGAGGCUUUGCAUGGAAACAGAGAUCCGGGCAGAUUUGAUUGCCACGUCUGAACCUAGACAGGCUCCUUAACCUCUCCUGAUCAGCAUGUGAAAUCAGGCAGUGCUUCCAACUUUCUGCUGUUGAUUUAUGAGUAUUUGUAGGUGGUGAUAACUGAGUGAGCUUCAGGAUCUGGGAGUCUGGUUUCAUGCUGUCUCUUCCUCACUGCUGCUUAAUUGAAAUGGGUUUUUGUUCAUGUUCCACUGGUGAUACAGAGCAAGGAAACCUUCAUCUGGAUUCUAAAGAGCUGGACUCUUCUAAGCAAAGGCUGCAGCCUGCCUUUUAAGAAUACUAAACAAGAAUUAAGUUUUCCAGACUGUUCAGUGGCAUGGGAAUGUAUGGCUUUAAUGAUUGUGGAAAAAUGCUGCUUUGACAGCUCUGAAGUUCACUGUGUUACCCCAAGGAAGUUCAGAUUCGUGUGUCUCAAGGUAAAGAUAUAUUGGAAGCUUAACCUCUCUGUCUGAAGGUGAAACUUAGGCCUGGAAGGAGCCUCAGCCCUCAGUGCUGCUGUGGAUCCUUUACCGUGAUGGGAUGUCAGAUGAGGAAGGGGAAAACCCAUCAGCUGUGACCUGCUGUGAAACACUCACUUCAUACAGGCCACUGAACAGUCACCAGGCAGCAGUUCUUAAAAUUAACUAACCAGAGCUGGAUUCAAACCAGUAAGUUUCCUAAUAAUAAAAGGUGUGAAAAUGUCUUAUCAGUAAAUUAAGAAGAAAAAGGACUGGAAAGACAGUCCUACCUGGAAAUGGCCUUGGAAAUACUGUUCUUCCUUUCAGAGAUUAAAGAUGCCACUGUACUGUAUCACAUGAAAUACCUUUUUGUCCCAUUUUUGGCUACAUUAGCCUGGGAUAACAUUGUUCCUCCAGUAAUCUUUCCUAUUUACACUCACUUAAAAAUUGUUCUACCUUUAGAGCUAACCUCUUUCACCACUUGUUUAUCAUGAAUUUCCUCUCUGGUUCAUGUGACAUACCACCUGUCUGUAUGGAAGGUGAGUUUACACCAAGAGCAGGUGCAGACACAAAAGGGAUAAAGACCUUGAUUGCAGAGCUCAGCCCUGUGCUGAGUCAGCCAGGUGAGGCACCCUCAAACCCUGCCCAGAUGGGGUUCAUGGGGUGCACAGGUCACCUCACAGAACCAAAAGUUCUUGGGGAAGCACAGGGAUCACCUCUGAACUUCCUGUUGCAGUUUCAGACUCUUUGGAGCAGACUUUGCACCAGCCCAUUACCUCAGGGGAACCUCUAUCCAGGCUGAAGUCAAGGCCGCCUGCUCCUUCAACAAUAUUUUAAGUGGGUGAUUGAAAAUCAAAAAGCAGCAAAGACAUGGAGCUUUCCCAGCACUCUCAUCCUCAUCCUUCCCUCUUGCUGAAGGGAUUCCCCCAGGUGUGGCUGUGCUGGCCUGGCCAUUGGCACAGUCACCUCUGUCCCCAGUUUGCUCUGUGUCUGCCAACCAUCUCCGGUGAAUUCCUGAGCCCUCAGCUAAUCUCAGCCAAAUGUGACAGAGGAGCAGAAGCCUCCAGCUCGUUCCUUUGGUUUUCACCAGAGUCAGCUGAAAGACACCUGCUGGGAAGGGGUGGGGUGGGAAUUCUGCCUCCCUCAGCUCCCCCCCAGAGACUCCAGUGAGCUGGUUAUGGGAGCAAAGCCAGGCCAGGGUCAGCUCUGCCUCCUCAUGAGCCACCAGAAAGUGAUUUCUCCUUGUGUGCCCAAGCUGGAUCUUUCCCAGAACCCAAAGGCCAAGGUAGCCAGUGUCUAUGAGUCACCUGGCUUCUUCCUGGACUUGGAUCCAGUUCCAGGAGCCCUGGAAGCUGUGCAGGAGAUGCUCCAAAUGCAGGACACUGAAGUCUUCAUUUGCACGAGCCCUCUCCGGAAUUACGAGCACUGUGUCGUGGAAAAGUAUAAGUGGGUAGAGAAACACUUGGGACCCAAGUUUGUGGAGCGGAUCAUUCUGACCCGAGACAAGACCAUGGUGGCUGCUGACCUGCUGUUUGAUGACAAGGACACCAUCCAAGGCACGGAGCCAAACCCGAGCUGGGAGCACAUCCUGUUCACCUGCUGCCACAACAGGCACAUUCAGCUGCCGGCCCCACGCCGGCGCCUGCGCUCCUGGGCCGAUGACUGGAAGGCCAUCCUGGAAAGCAAGCGCAGGCAGUAGUGCCGGAAGAGAACCUUGUGCUCUUCCCACUGCCAGGAAACAACCAGCCCAUCCCCUGCCAUGCCCAGGAGGCACUGUCACUGCAGGGAUCAACCAUAGUAAGAAAUGAGCUGCUCCUGUCAGACACAGUGCUCUGUGUUUCUGGAAGAUUGCCUGCUCUGCACUCAGUUAAUUGCUGUAGUGUUUUGGAUGUUUGCUGUUGGAGAAGAGAAACUAUCAACUACAAGCAGCUGUGGUUGGAUUUUUGUGUCUUUGAUCUCACUCCUUUUUGGUUUGUGCUGUCUGGGGGCAGAGGGGAGAGAAAAAGAGGAAGGUGGCUCUCAAAUGGGAGCAGAUCCAGU